CUCGCGAGACGAAGGCCAGGGUUAGCCACCUUCCGAGGGAUUUUGGGUAAGCGCGUUUCCUAGAGCGUGAGGAGAGGCGGCACAGAGAGCGGGCGUGAUUGGCUGAGAAGCCCGCUUUUCUAAGCCAAGUUUUUGGUGACAAGAAAUGGGAUCCAAAGCUGACUGCAAACACCCUUGGACCAAGGACAUGCACAGGCAAGAUGCCCAAUGAUCCUUUUGAAUUUACUGUUCCUCCUCUUCUUAUCUAAGAGCCUUGGAUUCUUUUGGUCCAGUGUCAUGGCUGCAAAGUGGAAUUCUACUCUCGAGUUUCAUAGGAAAUUGUCCAACUGUACAAUGAAAGAUUAUGCAAAUCCUCAAGGAGCAUCUAAUCAAUCACCUCGGUGUGAGAGGAAUGCAGCUGAUCGCUGAAUUAGCUUCUGUUGGAACGUAUUCAUGUGUAACAUCCCACUGACCGCGUGACAGCACAACAGCUCCAGGUCCUUGAAAGUCUUGAGGAUGAUUAGCUGAAGGAAUUGGCGGUUUCUGCCAAUCAUAAUCCGGCAGGGCUGCCUUUAUAGUUCUGGAGAUGCGAGAGAAAGAGGGAGGGAGGGAAAGACCGACUACAGCUAAGCAAGAAGCACAGCAGCAGUAGCAACAGCGGAGCAGGAGCAGCUGGUAUUCCGGUGAUUAAAUAGUUCUCAUAGCCUUUUUGCUGUACUCGGUCCCGCUCCCUGGUGUAAUUCUCGUGUCCAAGGAGGAAGCUGCAUUUUAACGGUGUGCUGAACAGAGGUUUGAAUCAUUCCAGCUGGCUGCUUGUUUUGAAAAGGACAGUGUGUGUAUAAAUAAAAAGACACUCUGCUGGAAGAGUUCAGAUACUAGGAUUGGAACUAAAAAAGCGCUCUCGGAAUAUUGUUGAGGCAGAUUAUAUGAACUGAAAGCUCCUUCUAAUUAACCUGGAGCCAAGUGAAUCUGAAUGCUGGAUAUCUCACUUUCUAACUCGGGAUAAAUUCAAGUUAGGAUAAGAAAAAAAUUGAAAUGCUUCUCUAGAUAAUGUUUAAAGGAUUCUGCAUCAGUCUUUGGUAUUGGACAUACUCAAAAUCCCUUCUUCAACUUUUGCUCUCCUGGUCCAUUGUCUUCCAGCUUUAACUUACUUGUGAUCCCUUCAAACAUUUUACAUGGUUUGCAAUGGUUACAUGAACUUUUGGGAAGUGAUAAUUGCACCAUCUCAUACUUUAUUCACUAUGGCACUUUAGAAAAAGAAAUUGGAAAAAAACUGACAAAGCAGUAUUUUAAAAAAUGAAUCUUAUUGUGAAGCUUCGGAGAAGUUUUCGAACAUUGAUUGUUCUUUUAGCUACCUUUUGUUUGGUGAGCAUUGUCAUUUCUGCCUAUUUCCUCUACUCUGGCUAUAAACAGGAAAUGACUGUUAUUGAAACCACUGCAGAAGCAGAAUGUGCUGACAUCAAAAUUCUACCAUAUCGGUCAAUGGAGCUGAAAACAGUUAAACCUAUUGAUACAUCCAAAACUGAUCCUACUGUCCUCCUAUUUGUGGAGAGCCAAUAUUCUCAACUUGGUCAAGAUAUCAUAGCUAUCUUGGAGUCUAGCCGAUUUCAGUACCAAAUGGUCAUUGCCCCUGGCAAGGGGGAUAUACCUCCUCUUACAGAUAAUGGCAAAGGGAAAUAUAUUUUAGUUAUUUAUGAAAAUAUUCUGAAGUAUGUCAGCAUGGACUCAUGGAAUCGAGAGCUUUUAGAAAAAUACUGUGUGGAAUACAGUGUUAGUAUAAUUGGUUUUCAUAAAGCCAAUGAGAACAGCUUACCAAGUACACAAUUAAAAGGCUUUCCAUUAAACCUUUUCAAUAAUCUAGCUCUAAAGGACUGUUUUGUCAACCCUCAGUCUCCUUUGCUGCAUAUUACCAAAGCCCCCAAGGUUGAGAAAGGCCCUCUUCCUGGGGAAGACUGGAGUAUUUUCCAAUAUAAUCAUUCAACCUACCAGCCUGUGCUUUUAACUGAAUUACAGACAGAAAAAUUUCUUUCAUCCUCAUCCAGCAAACCACUCUAUGCGACAGUGAUUCAGGAUCUGGGGCUUCAUGAUGGAAUUCAGCGCGUUCUUUUUGGCAACAACUUAAACUUUUGGCUACACAAGCUCAUCUUCAUAGAUGCCAUCUCCUUCUUGUCAGGGAAGAGGCUGACACUGUCCUUGGACAGGUACAUCCUUGUGGACAUUGAUGAUAUCUUUGUUGGGAAAGAGGGAACAAGGAUGAAUGUCAAAGAUGUAAAGGCAUUACUAGAGACUCAAAAUUUACUGCGCACUCAGGUUGCAAAUUUUACCUUCAACCUUGGAUUUUCAGGGAAGUUUUACCACACAGGGACUGAAGAGGAAGAUGAAGGCGAUGACCUUUUGCUUCGGUCUGUAGAUGAGUUCUGGUGGUUUCCUCACAUGUGGAGCCAUAUGCAACCUCAUCUCUUCCAUAAUGAGUCAUCUUUAGUUGAACAGAUGAUUCUCAACAAGGAAUUUGCCCUGGAACAUGGAAUCCCUAUCAACAUGGGCUACGCGGUGGCACCACAUCACUCAGGGGUCUACCCGGUUCAUAUUCAGUUAUAUGAAGCUUGGAAGAAGGUCUGGGGUAUUCAGGUCACCAGCACUGAAGAAUAUCCACAUUUGAAACCUGCACGGUACCGAAAGGGCUUCAUUCACAAUAACAUCAUGGUCCUCCCUCGACAGACCUGUGGGUUGUUCACCCACACUAUUUUCUACAAAGAAUAUCCAGGAGGACCCCAAGAAUUGGAUAAAAGUAUCAGAGGAGGUGAACUUUUCCUCACAAUCCUUCUAAACCCGAUCAGCAUUUUCAUGACCCAUUUGUCGAAUUAUGGGAAUGACCGCCUGGGGUUAUAUACCUUUGUGAACUUGGCCAACUUCGUGCAGAGCUGGACCACCCUGAAACUGCAAACUCUGCCCCCAGUGCAACUCGCACACAAGUACUUUGAGCUCUUCCCUGAGCAAAAAGACCCUCUCUGGCAGAAUCCCUGUGAUGAUAAACGGCACAAAGACAUUUGGUCCAGAGAGAAAACUUGUGACCACUUGCCAAAAUUCCUUGUCAUCGGGCCACAAAAAACAGGAACAACUGCACUUUACUUAUUCCUUCUUAUGCACCCUUCCAUCAUCAGCAAUCUUCCCAGCCCCAAAACAUUUGAAGAAGUUCAAUUCUUUAAUGGCAACAACUACCACAAGGGAAUUGAUUGGUAUAUGGACUUUUUCCCUACUCCAUCCAACAUUACAAGUGACUUUCUAUUUGAAAAGAGUGCUAAUUACUUCCAUUCAGAAGAAGCUCCCAAGAGAGCUGCAUCUCUGGUCCCCAAAGCCAAGAUCAUCACCAUUCUCAUCGACCCCUCAGACAGGGCAUACUCUUGGUACCAGCACCAACGAUCUCAUGAAGAUCCAGCUGCCCUGAGGUUUAAUUUCUAUGAAGUUAUUACCACCGGACACUGGGCCUCACCGGACCUGAAAGCUUUGCAAAGGAGAUGCCUCGUACCUGGAUGGUAUGCAGUCCACAUCGAAAGAUGGCUAACUUACUUUGCUACUUCUCAGUUGCUAAUUAUUGAUGGACAGCAGCUGAGAUCUGACCCAGCUACUGUGAUGGAUGAAGUCCAGAAGUUUCUGGGAGUUACACCUCAUUAUAAUUAUUCUGAAGCACUAACGUUUGAUCCCCAAAAGGGCUUUUGGUGUCAGCUCCUGGAAGGAGGAAAAACCAAAUGUCUUGGAAAGAGCAAAGGCCGAAAAUAUCCACCCAUGGAUCCAGAGGAAAUUCCAAGGAUUUUAGGAGCUUUGUGCCAGCAGAAGGGUCUAGAACUUUCCUCUCUAAUUACUACCGAGAUCAUAACGUGGAACUGUCCAAACUGCUACAUAGACUGGGGCAGCCUCUGCCAUCCUGGCUGAGACAGGAGCUGCAGAAAGUGAGAUAGCACUGGAGACAAGAACCAAGGCUGGAAGGAUGCUUCCUUUUACUAUUAAAUAGAAAAACAAACCCCACAACUUUUGUCCCCUUAAUGCACUUGUGACUGUCAACAGAAGACUGUGUGAAUAAAUUUCCUUCUAUCUUUUUCAUAAAACGAAAUUGGUUAUAUAUGCACGCAUUGGCAAUUACAAGCAUCCGUCCCUAUGUGAGCUUCUGGAAAGUAAUGUGGGGUUUUGUGGCAUUAUCCAGUUUCCAGUGUGGGUAUCAUGACACAGCCCAGUUCCUCUGUUAACCAUAAGGUUCCAGAAACUCUACAUAAGACUGGGAACCCUGAUUAUAUGCAAGUGACAAAUGAGAAUCUUGAGGAAAAGAUAAGAACAGAGAUAUCUGGAAAUGAAGUUAGCAGUAACCCAGUAUCUGAGUAAGGGCUUGCAUUUUCUCUUUGCUAAUUUAAAAACAAGUUUGCUUUUGUGGUGAGAAGAAAUGCUAUGAUCCCAUACUCUUAUUUUGAGCAUUUAUUAUUUAUGGUAGUCCACAUAUUUUUUCCUCCUUUUUAUGAAUUUCCUUGCCUUGCUAGAGAAGUUGUGAAGUUGUAGUCUUCGCCUCCCCAUGUGUUUUUGUCUGUUUUUCUUUGGUAAGAGAAAAGGUUUCAUAUCCACCAAUAGUACUAUUUUCUCUGGCAAGGCAAUCUAUUCUCAGUGGAUUUUGCAUUAUGGGUCCAACAAAACCUAUCAGACAUUUGGGGGAAAAGGAAUAAGGAUGCAUACUCUGUGUAGUAUCAACUAGUAUGUAGAAGGCCAUCUUUCCAUGGGUCCAAAAUCUUACCACACUAGUAAUCUAGGUAUAGCCACCUUGACAGUGAUGUAGUAUUUAUAUAUUUUUUCACUAUCUAUGGAAGAAAAAAAACUUGAUUGAUAAGAUAUGGAAUGAAAACACCAACAUGAGUUUACAGGUAGUGUGGGGCACUCGUGCCUUCUAUGUAGUAUUAUAUCAAUCAUUUUAAAGCAUGGACUUUUCUAUAUGCCAAUACAUAUACUAUUGCAGAAGAUUAUGUUUCUAAUGGCUAUUAUAUAUAUACAUAUAUAUAAUAUAUAUUAUCGAAAACUUACCUCUUUAAACAUGACUAAUUCUCUAACCUGAACUGUUUCCCAGCCAUGCCACCCAACAAAUAAUUUCUAGAAGAGAAGUGAUGGCUCUUCCUGUCCUGGGUUCCUCUCCUACGUGGAGAGGAUUGUCAUGCUGUUUGAAUUUUUUAUCCCAUUUUUCAAUGAAGACAUAGUAAGGCUUUGUUAAUCUAUUCAGCAUGAUCCAUGAAGGUAAAAUUUCAACAGAACAGUAAAUCAGCUGCUUUGGGGACAUUACCUAUAGAUCCAUCCUUCCUCUAGAGUAAUUUUUCUAUAGGUUAUAAAUAAUAUUACUUUUUCCUGCAAUUUGAGAAAUUAUGCGUGACAUAAUUCAUUGUCUUUAAAGGAAACUGAAGAUCCUUGUUUUGUUUGUUUGGUUUUUGUUGUUGCUGUUAUUAUUGUUGUUGUUGUUGUUGUUAUUGUUGUUUUAAGCAAGCAAAUCUAAUCUAAUCUGAAAGAGAAUCAAGAAUUAUCACAUAUUUUAUUACAAAAUUCAACUUUGGAUUUAUACUUCUUGAAAAGUUUUGUUUCCUUGUUGUCUUCCCCUUGUUUCCCCACUGUGUCUAGAGGCUUUUGAUCUUUUUGAGAAAAUGUGAACAUUUUUCUUGGGCAUGAGUGAAUAGAAAUCACAAAUUAUUGCUUUGGUUGUUCCUGUGUUAACUUUGAGACUCAAAUUCUCAAACUUAUUAUUACUUAUAUGAUCAUGUGCUUGAAAACAUUGCAUUAAGCACGUGAUAAUCACAAUAAUUGGGUAUUUAGACCUCUCACAUUUCAUUUGUUGGUUCACUGGUUUCCUCCAGUUUGUAUUCUAAUAUUUUCUUUUUGACUAGAGACUAACUUUUUUCUAAGUGGAGUAACAGAGAUAUUUAUACAAAAAUGGGGAGAUAUUUUUCAUAUAAAGUAAAAUUUCACACAAGUCAAAAUACAACUCAUCACCAUAUCUGCAAAAAUGUAACUCAUUUUUGGCAUUUUUUCAUUUUUUCCCCUAAGUAAUGUAUCAUUCACCUAUCUACAGACAUCCGAGAGCAGAAUUCCCCCAAAUCCACCCAGUCUCUUUCAUUUCAACCAGCGUGUACCUUUUUCUUAUUAAGACUGAUUAUGAAGAAAAAAUAAAUUUUAAUUAUAUGAUUCA